AUGCAAAUUUCACAUCUCAUUCAUUCUUUCCAAAAACAGCUCAUUCCUUGUGUCCUCCAUUCAUUCCGACCAGUCGAUUCUUCUUUCGUUCUCCACCAACCGGUCGAUCUCACGUUCCCGAUGGAUGCUCAACGGUCUAACUGGUUUGGCUCUAGUCAAGUUGAUACGACCUCGUACUCUUCAUACUGUAAUGGUAGUAGGACCUUGUACUUUUCGUACUGUGAAGUGGGUAGGAACUAUUACUCUUCGUACUGUCGUUUUUCUACCCUUGCUAUGCAGCAAGGUCAGGAAGGCUUGAAGAGAUGUGGUAGUCAAGGUGAGAUGGAUAACAUUAGUCAGUUCAUACCCAAAGAUACACCUAAAGUAACCUUUGCUUCCGAUUCGACCGGUCGACUUUGCCUUCGUGAUGAGGUGUGCUCGACUUGA